AAACCUUGUUCAUUCAUCCAAUCUUUGAACGCGAUGCUCCUCCCUCCUCUUCUUCACAUCACCAUUCUCUACAAAUAAAUAAAUAGGGUUUCUUCUUUUCUUUCAACAACGGUCUUUCGAUUUCAUUCUCAAUCGCUCUUCGAUUUCACCAUUCUUCAUACGAAGAAGAUGCCUCCUCGCUCCAAACGAAAACCGGUCCCACCAACCACUGAUGUCGAUUCUUCCAUUCGUGCCGAACCGAAGACGAAGAGAACAACUACAAAGCAAUUUGAACGGAUAGAUAACCUCUUUGAAGCAUACACAAAUAAAUCAUUGGAUAUGAUUGACCCAGAUGGGAUUGAAGCACUUUGUAAAGAUGUGAAUGUGGACCAUACAGAUGUUAGGAUGCUGAUACUUGCUUGGAAAAUGAAUGCUGAAAAGCAGGGUUAUUUUACCAAGGAUGAAUGGCGAAGAGGUCUCAAAUGUUUAGGGGCCGACACACUCCCAAAAUUAAAAAAAGCAAUGAAUGGACUGAAGAAAGAGGUGAUGGUUCCAGAAAGCUUUGAGGAUUUUUAUUCCUAUGCAUUCAAAUAUUGCCUCACAGAGGAUAAGCAAAGGAGCAUAGAUAUUGAGACCAUAUGUGAGCUGUGUACUAUUGUUCUGGGAUCCGAAUUCCCUUCUCAAGUCAAUUUGUUAACAGAGUAUCUAAAGAUCCAGAAUGAAUACAGAGCGCUAACAAUGGAUCACUGGAGAAAUUUUUAUCGGUUUUUUAAAGAGGAAAAACUGAAGUCCCACAUAUAAGGACUGUUUAAGAGCUUCUUAAGCAUAGACAAUUGUCACGUUAAUGAGCCACUGUAUUAUCCACACACAACAUUGCUGGACGUAGGGGGCGUUGGAAAAAACCCAAGUUGCACAUAGGCUGGAGACAAGAAUUCUUUAGAGCUUAUAAAGUCUAGACAAUUCUCUCCUUACAUGUCGAUUUUGUGGGAUCUACUUAACUCUAAAACCCACGACUCUCAAAUCUCAACUACAAAAUGUUCAUAUAUUUUUAUGUUAUUAACACACUUAGAUAAAAAUUGUAUAGAGGUUUGUAAAUAAUUCUAGUCAUGCUAAGAACUUGAAGCUAAGGCUUGGCAUGGGAAAUUUGAAACUUGGUAUUGACUUCUUUACAAAUAUGAAAUUCGAGUUUGGCUUGUGUA